AUGAAAGAAUCAAGUUCUAAAGAAGAAGGGGGGAUAUAUAACCCUUUAUGUAAUAUGAAUGAUAAUGGAACUUGUAAAAAAAGGAAACUAAAUGAGGGUGACAUAAGUAAUGAUAUAAAUGAAGAGAAUAAUAAUUUUAAUAGAAAGAAACAAAGAAAGGAUAUGAAAAAUAUAAGACAAAUAAUGAAUAUAUUUAAUGGUAUAUUUAAUUGGAUUGUUAGUAAAGGUAUGAAUAAGAUUCCUUGUAGGGAAAUAGAAAAUAUUAAUGAUGUGGAUUUUUUUAAUUUUAAUAAUGUGUUAUCAAAACAUUAUGGUUCUAGGAUAAUAUUUGUUACUGAUGAUUCUAUAAGUAAAUCUGAAAAUAUAUUGGUAGAAGAUGAUAAAGUUGGUUGGAUUACUAGAAGAAGAAGAGAUGUUGGACAUGAAUGGUUAAUAAUAAAAUUAAAACACCCAUGUAUUAUUUAUGGUAUUGAAUUAAAUUUUGAUAAUAUUGCUGAAGAUGUAUGUCCUCAUUUAUCUAUUGAGGUGUCUAAUAACAAUGCUAUCGAUGAUAUAAUUAAAGAGGAAGAAUUUAUUUUGAACGAGCGGGAUAAGGUUGGUAACUUUACUACCUUCACAAGAAAUGAAAUAGAAGAUAAUGCAGGUGAUAAUAUAAAGAUGGAAAAGAACAAGGAUAUGGAAAAUCUUAAAAAUGCAGAUAUAUUAAAGGAUACAGAAAAUACAAAAAAUGAACAAACAAUAAAACGUGUCGAUAAUAUUAAAAAUAUGCAUGGUACACAAACAAUUGUAAAUUAUGAAAAAAACACUAAACGUAAAAGUUAUAACUUUUUAGAUUCAUAUAAAAUAGAUAAAUCGAUUUCUGAUUUAUUAGAACAACAAAAUACACCUUGGGUUGAAUUAUUACAAGCAGAUUGUGUAGAUUUUUUAAAAACAGUGGGAAAGAAAAAGACAUAUUAUUUUAAAAUAAAUAAUGAAGAUUUAAUUAAAAAACCUUGGACACAUAUAAGAGUUAAUUUAUAUCCAGACGGUGGUAUAAAUAAAAUUAAUUUCUAUGGAGAAUUUAUUUCUUUAUUUAAAAAACAUACUAUCAUAUCUAAACAAAAAAUAUUUUUAAAUAAACCUGAGAAUGGUUGUACAUUAAUUUAUUAUCAUUGUGAUCAUAUAUAUAAAGGACAUCCAAAAUAUAUAAUAGAUUCAUGUAAAACAGAUGGAUUUUGUACAAGACGAUUAAUAAAUAGACCACCCAUUAUAUUAAGAACUCUUACAAAUAAUUGUAUUUUGAAUAGCUCAAUUUUUAAAUUUGGUGUACGAGGUAUUGUAGAAAAUUUCACCAUAGAUAUAGGAAAUUAUAAAUAUGAUCAUCCUGAAUGUAUACAAAUUUAUUUAUUAGACUGUAUAGAUAUACUCACAUUAAAUUUAUUAGAACAAAAAAAAAUUUUUGAAGAAGAUGAAAAACUAUUAAAAAAAAAAAUGGAAUGGAUACAAUUACCACCAUUCAAAAUAACAACGAAUCAAAAAAAAACAUUUUUUCAUUUUAAUUUGUUAGAAUAUAAUUUUACCCUUAUGGAAAGAACAGCAACUCAUUUCAAAAUAUCUAUACAUCCGGAUGGGGGAAUAUCACAAAUAAAUGUAAUAGGCACUGUUUUAUCUACAUUAUUAUAA